CGUAUUAUUAUAGUGAACCCGGACAAGAGUGGUGGGCGAGGGGGGAGGUGCGAUGACCAUAGUGGAGGUGGUGGUGGAUGAAGGCCAAGGCGUGAAUGACGUGCUAGCAAAGAGAGCGGUGGAGGUGGAGGAGGAGGUAAUAGAGGUAGAUAUGGAGGCAGAGGGUGGGGGAAGGGUGAUGGAGCCCGAAGCGGAGGAGGGGGGCGUGGUGGUGACGACCUGGAUGGUGGAGGAGGCAUGUUGUUGUUCGGUGGUGGUUAUUGCGCUGGAAAGGUCGGAGAGGGACGCUUGGAGGGAGUCGAAGGUGGAAGAGUCAACGGGGGCCUCAUGGACGUCAGCCUGUUUGCCAAUGAGUUUGCGACGGAGGCUAUUGACGAACUGCGUGUUCAGGGAGGUCAUGUUCAUGUUAGAUUCAGCGGCCAUCGCGAAGGAAACGGCUGAGGUAGUGGCGGUUGACGGAGAAGCGGGUGGUGAUGAGGUGGAGGCGGCUGUAGCCGCAUUAGCGGCGGUAGCAGCGGCAGCAGCGACGGCGCACUAAGACUUCUUGGUUUGGCUUGGCAUGCCCGGGGGGGGGGGUUGAAGGCUUUUAUUUAGAAAAUGAAGAGGAUUUUGAAAG